AUGUCCGAACAACAGCCGCAAGUGGAUGCGCAGGUCUCAGAAACUAUCAAUUCGGCUCUAGACCAGCUGCACCUGGACGACCUUUCAGGCUCGAGUCAUCCUAGCGAGCAGCCUGCGACGGCUGCCUCGCCCUCAGCGAACGGAUCUUUUCCACCGCCACCUAUGAUGGGCAUGGGCUUCAUGCACUACCCGCAUAUGAUGCACCUCCCUCACUCUCCCGGCUUUUUCCACGCUCCGGGCGCAACAGAUCCAUUUACUGCAGACCCAACCGCCGAUCUGGCUUCUGCUGAUGCCGCUGUGUUCUCGGUGCAACAGGGCAUGCCUCAUACAACCACAGGUCCAGGCGCUGCCUCCAACGCGGGGCCAGCUCCUGCACUCGACAUUGGAUUCUCAGGUAUUGAUCCUUUAUGGUCGUCUAGUGACCAGGGCCUCAAUGCAGACUACCCAUUUAUUGCUCCAAAGCUGCCUGAUUCAUCUAACGCCUCAAGAAGACAAACGUUUCCAGCGGUCUCAGGUACUGAGCUGAUUCACGACGCCUCCGGCGUCAGAACACAAAGCAUUUCACUUGAGAGGAUCGAUCCCGAUCUCAGCGCUUCUAAGGAGCCAGGGGACUCCGAUGCCGACAUUUCUCAGAAAAGUGCUGCUAACGCUUCGUAUUCCGCUGCUGCUUAUCCAUACGGUGGCCCGCUCGUUCAACCAAACCCUGUUCUGUCCGGCCACAACCCACCCGGAACGGCUCCGGGCUAUGGGAUCCCUUCCCCUUUUCACGCUUAUGGGUUUUCUUCUCCUUUCCAGUCGUUCUCCCCUGUCCCUGGCACCCCUUUGGCACCCCAAUCUGCAAAUAUGAAUUCUUCUACCACCGAAGCUUUGGGGAAAGAGGGAGGCGCCCAAGAAAACCCCGCUUCCCCGAGGUCUGCUUCCUCUCAACCUCUGGCGCCUUGGAUGUAUGGAAACCAUCCGUUUGGGCCUAUGGUCCCAAUAGCCCACCAUCAAAUGAUGCCUCCUCCUGGGAACAAUAAUGCCCGUCUUCACCCCGCUUCCCACCACAACAACCGCCAUCCAAUGCAUUCACGCAAGCACAAAGGUAGUAACAACCAAAAACCGUAUCAUCGCAAAGGUGAGGACCCUGCAAAAUACGCAAAUGCUAAGCUGGAUGACUAUAUCGGAAACAUUCUUUCUCUCUGCAAGGACCAGCAUGGAUGCCGAUUCUUACAAAGACAGCUUGACAUCGGCGGCUGCAAUGCCGCCAACUCCAUCUACCUUGAAACUAGAGAUUACGUUGUUGAGCUAAUGACUGAUUCUUUUGGUAACUAUUUAAUCCAAAAAUUACUGGAAAGGGUGACUGAUGAUCAGAGACUUGAGCUAGUAAGGUCUUCCGCACAGAGCUUUGUAUACAUUGCUCUCGACCCACAUGGUACUAGAGCUUUACAGAAGCUAGUUGAAUGUAUUUCGACGGAGGAAGAAGCUGGUAUUGUUGUCGACUCUUUACGUGGCUCUAUUGUCGAAUUGAGCAGAGACUUGAACGGGAAUCACGUCGUUCAGAAAUGCUUACAGAAAUUAAAGCCGGAAGACUUCCAGUUUAUCUUUGAUGCUGCUAUCGAGUCUUGUGUCAAGAUCGCUACUCAUCGGCACGGGUGCUGUGUUCUUCAACGUUGUUUAGACCACGGAAGCAAAGAACAAUUCCAACAGCUGUGUGAAGAGAUUAUUGCUCAUGUUGAUGAAUUGGCCACUGAUCCAUUUGGUAACUACGUGGUUCAGUAUAUUCUCACGAAGCAGACUGAACGCUCCGCAUCCGAAUACACUAACAGAAUUGUCAAUAUCCUCAAGCCGAAAAUUAUUGAGUUAUCUCUACACAAAUUUGGCUCAAACGUCGUUGAAAAGGUUUUAAGAACACCAGUAGUUUCGGAAUUAAUGAUCACAGAAUUGCUUAAUCGUAGCGGGGAUUCAAAAAUUGACCAGCUGCUUCAUGAUGGAUAUGGUAAUUACGUUCUACAAACUGCCUUAGAUAUUGCUCGCGAGAACAACAAAUAUCUAUACCAACGCUUAAGCGAUACCUUGAAGCCGCUUUUGGUUGGCCCUGUUAGAAACACUCCUCACGGUAGAAGGAUCAUGGGAAUUUUGGAAUUCGAAUAG